GACAAACAACAACAACAGAGAGUAUGUCAACAACAAUGACUCACACUGACACAGAAUCCACGAGGAGUAGUUCAACAGAACAAAUGGAAGAGACUACAAGUUCUAUAACGACUGCUGAACAAGACGAAACAACAUAUACAAUAACAACCUCUCAAGGCACAAGUUUGGAAAACAAGGUCACAUCUUUGGAUUCUUCUUCUUUUGAAUCAACAACAUUAGCGUCGACAAUAACAACAUCAGCUGAGUCAGCAGAGAUGACGGAAGAUGUACCAACCUCAACAGGGGAUACAACUACAAUGAUAUCAACAACUGAAUCAACAUUCAAUCCAACGACAAGGGCAUCAACGACAGCGGAAAAAACACAAGCAUUCACUACCAACCCGCCAACUACAACAAACCAAGAAACAACAACUGAAAGCUUAACAACUACUGAACCAAUCACAUCGCCAUCAACUACUACAAACAAGGAAACAACAACUGAAAGCUUAACAUCUACUCAACAAAUAACAUCGCCAUCAACUUUCAAAACAACAUCUUCAGGAAAAACGACAACUACAAGUAACACAAAAACAUUGACGUCCUCUCUGUCAUCAACUUCCAAAUCAAUUACAACAUCGGUAAUAAGUAAUGACGGCAAAACAACUGCAAAAGAAGAUACAUCUCCAGCUACAACAACCAUUGAACUUAAACAAAGCCUCAGUAUAUCAACUUCGAAACCAACAGAAACCACCAAUGAAGUUAUGGACACUACUACAUCAUCUAACACAGAAGAUUCCUUAGAAGAAUCGAAUCCGUCAAAAGUAACAAACACUCAUUUGAUCGUCGGAGCCUCGACUUCCAUUGCUGGAAUAGUGUUAUUAAUGAUUAUCAUAGGACUGGUAGCCAGAAAAUGUAGUAAAUCGAAGAAACAACACAAUAAACAACAGGAAGACAAUGGACCAAUCAGAAACUGGAGAGACCUUGCAUUGGCGGGAAAACAAAACACAGAUUCCCGGGACAAUGCCAACUCGUCCUUAUCCGACAACAGAAAUUCUUAUGUUGGCCACGCACCUCUGCAUCACUUCAAAUCUAGUGGCGGAUCUCGUCGUGUUGACGGCAAUAAAUAUCAAAGAUAUUGACAAUUUUAACCUCAUCCUCUCUUGCACAUAUAUAAUAAUUAUACUGUUCUUGUAGUUAACUUGAUUUAUAUAUAUCGUUUGCUUUUGUAGCUGAUUUUAAUAACAAAUAGAUACUGUUUAUUGAUGACCUAAUAUAUUUUGCAUAAUUUGAUAAUUCUUUUGUGUAUGUCGGUUUUUUUUCCUUGUAAAGAGGAUGUCUGUUUGAAAGUAGAAAAGAUUGCUACAUUUUAAAAAGUAGAUUUUUAAGUAUAACUGUGCCUGAAUAAAAAUUGCAUGCAUAUGAACAUUGUUUAAAGGGGAUGCGUGAAUAUAAACACCUUGGGUAUGAUUAUUCAAAAUAGUAUAUCAUAAAUAUAUACAGUUUAUGUGCAUAAGGAUAUUGUCAUAGAACAUCGAUAGGCAUUCAAGGUUAAAGUGGAAUUCCAAUGGAUUUCAAAAGUCAUCAACAGUGAAAUAAUCAUACAUAUUACCUAUUCCAACGUAGAGUCACCCAAUACCGUCGAUAUACAAGAAGAAUUUGAUUGUUUAUACGUAUGAAAUGAAUUGAUGAAUUUGAUGUUUAUAUAGAGAAAAGGAACAGUAAUAAAGUUCAAAUGCCCAUGGAAACAAAUGCAUAACAAUUGACAUAAAAAUGUCGGACAAAGAAAGGACCAAAUGAAAUGUUUUUGGUUUUUUUACAACGUCAAUGUAACGACUGUUGAAAAUACGAAAUUUUGACUUAAAAAAUUUUGUUCAAAUUCUGCUUCCUUGAAAUGUUUAUUUGCUGCAUGUUUGUAAUUCGAGCACUUGAAAUAAAAUUAGUUCUGUAAAAACUUUCUUUCGGUAGUGUCUUUAAUUAGUGAGCACUGAGCUCACUAAA